AUGGGAGGAGAUCACGUCACUCUGUACACAGAUGGCAAUUGGAAGGGUGAUGUGGACAGGAUGGGUGGUGGAGGUGUAAUCAGAGAUAGGAAUGGGAGGUGGAUCUCCGGCUAUGCAACGACGCUGGGAGCAGGCAAUGCGUUUCAGGCAGAAAUUAUGUCGUUUCAUAAAUGCCUAUUGCACACCUGGGAGCUUGGCUUUCGUCAGGUGGUCUGCUAUGUAGAUUGUCGGGAACUACAGAAAGUGCUCACAAGUACCAGGGAUGUCCAGACUUACUGGCAUAGUGAUGUGAUCGAAAUGAUUAGAGCCGUGUUGGCAUGA